AUGGUCCUCCUUCCUAUCCACAGGAUACUCAGCGCGAUCCUCCUCUUACUCGCACUCUGCUCUGCCGCCGAAGAUACCUCCGAUGAUACCUCGAACGCAGCUCUGUAUGACAUGGUCCCAGACUGUGCUAAGGACUGCGUUGAUAGCUUCAUCAAGUCCGAAUACACACCUAUGGAAUGCAAGUCACCAUCCAAUAUCAAAUGUCUUUGCCGCACCCAGACAGCUAGUGGCUUGACAUUGGGAGAAAGGGCUUUGAGCUGUGUUCUGUCUUUAUGCUCACAGACGGUCUCCGCAAAGUCAAAGGCCUAUCACCUAUGCGACUCGGUAUCUGAGGCGCUUCCGAAAACACACCAGACUAUUACCGCAACGAUAUUUUCUGAUACGAGCACAACGAAAACGAGUGAUGAAAAGACAACUACAAAAGAAAUACCAACUAGCUCUACUUUAGCAACUGAACACACUUCGGAGGCCUCCAUGACAACAUCUACAGCAACAUCAGCAUUGGCGCCGACGACAACUACUUCCAGUAAAACAUCAGAGAUCACAUUCUAUGAUGGUUCUUCAUCUUCAGAGUCUCCAGUGGAAUCAGCAUCUCCUACUGGAGAAAUGUCUACUGGAGAAACUCCCAGUGGCUCCUCUGAAGGUACGAAUAAGAAAGAUGAUCAUACUAUCACUCCAGCGGCGGUCAUUGGAAUAUCAGUAGCGUCGGGGGUGGCAGGAUCUUUCAUCAUCGGCGUUGCUGUGUUCUUCUGCUGCAAGAGAUGGCGACGAAAGCACCGGGAACAGGAACCUCCACACAAUUUCGAGAUCGGAGGUGCCAUGUCUGAGCCUUCUGACUUUUCAAAGCCGAUGCCACCACUCCCAACAGAUGGUUUAGGUAUAGGGUCUUCAUAUAUCCCAACGGACCGCCAGGCAAUGUUACAGCGGCCAGGUGCUCUCCAUUCAAUAGCCACCAUUCAACCACCAUCAUUACACACGCCUCAAUCCGCUACGGUAUAUUAUUCGGGUCAGAGCAAAGACCGAAGAGUCCAAGAACGAAUAGGGUUUGCCAUUAGCUCCGACUCGGACUGGGAAACUUCGCCUCGGACACAAUCUUCACAGCACAGUGUAGCACGUCUACUACCAGAUCCUGCAGCUGGAUUAUAUCCAAAGCCACUGAAGUGGAGUCACCGCCCACCUAGUGGAGAGACUCUCUUCGAAGAAGACGAAAGUCAACAAGCAGCGGCGGCGGCCGCGGCGGCAGGAAUGAUACAAAACAACUCUCCAAGACUGGGAGCCAAACCAAAACUUGCAGGACUGCCAUCCAAUCCACGUGCGUUCAAGGAGGGAUUCCGAGCAGGCAAAUUCAAACGAAGAUCUGGAGUCCCAAGUACCUUAGCACCGCCAUUCAAUCCCAACCCAGCCUUCAGAACCUCCUCAUCAAACAGCAGCGCUACACCUAACGAAUUAUUUGAAACCUCACAAACUGCCCACUCCUCCUCUUCCUCUUCGAACCCGAACACCUUGCUCGCUGCCCCUGUCAACACCACCCAGACUCAGCCCCAUAACCGCAGCCUGUCUCCAGGACGACAGGCAGCUCAACCUUGCGCUCUAUCAACAACAGCCCUACCCUCAGGCUCUGAGAUAGUAUCCAGGCCGCGAAUUGUCCGGGGGAAUGACAUCAAGCGUGUCCAGAUCCGCAACAGUCCACGGCCGCCCAGCGAAGUCAUCGCGCCAUACUGUCCAGAUGACUUAUGGCUGGAGCGUGGACGCGCCAUAGUGCCACCGAAGUCCCGAGAACCGUCAGGGGAAUUACCAUAUCCUUCAGAUAUGUAUCCCGGUGAUGUGCAUUAUCCUGAUAGUCCGAAGAAGAAGGUUGUGUUGAAUCGGGUUUCGCCAACUAGUCGGAACUUGACGCCAUCCAGGAGGGGCGACGAUCUGAUCCUUCGUGUUGAUUAA